GGUUUAAUAUCCAGAAUCUAACCUAUUUUUAAAGUCAGUAUUUAGAUGAUUUUGGUGUGUUUUUUACAUUUAGAAAUCCUAACGUUGUAUCCAAGUAGAAAACAUGUCAUAAAGUCAUGAUAUCUUACACUCCGUCCGGUGCAGUAGGUGACGGCAUACACAGUCAACGUUGGUCUGUAGUCUGCCAUUAAAACCAUAGAAGAAGAAGAAGCAGGCAGCAGUAAGCAGAAAGCAGAGCAGAGUGUGAGAUAGAGAGCAAGCAUGGCAACCAGCUCUGAGUCCAAACUGCAGCUGGUCCACAGACACGUCCGAGCCUUCCCCGACUUCCCGAAGAAAGGCAUUCUGUUCCGGGAUAUCUGUCCAAUCCUGAAGGAUCCAGCAGCUCUGACAGCUGUGACCGACCUGUUUGAAGAACAUGUGAGGAAGAACCACCCGCAGGUGGAUCUGAUCGUGGGUUUGGAUGCUCGUGGUUUCCUGUUUGGUCCUCUGCUGGCUCAGAGGCUAGGUGUUGGAUUUGUCCUGGUCAGAAAGAUCGGCAAACUGCCUGGGAGCACUGUGUCUGUGGCGUAUGAUCUGGAGUAUGGAAAGGCAGAGGUGGAGGUCCAGGAGGACGGCGUGGCUCCAGGACAGAAGGUUCUUCUGAUUGAUGACCUUUUGGCUACUGGAGGGACAUUGUACGCAGCCUGUGAGCUGAUGAAGAAGCAGCAGGCUGAUAUUCUGGGAUGCAUGGUGGUCAUCGAGCUCAAGGAGCUGAACGGCAUCGACAAACUGAAACCACACCAGGUGUUCUCCCUGCUGCAGUACUGAGGAGCGCUGCAGACAGACCUGGGAUCAGGCCAAGCUCUUUACUGAAGUGAACACGGCUGCACAAAGAAAGUUAACAUGUUGUCUGCGUCAAACAAAGUUUGUACUAAAAGAUCGGUACUUCCAGUGUCUCCAUCAGCAAACAGGAAAGCUCUUCAUCUUCACUUAAUGUUUUUUGUCAUUUCAAUCACAUACUGUUUUGCAAUUCCAGUAAGCACUUAAAUAUAUAUAUUUUUAAAUGGUCAUUUAUUCACACAUCUGUUAAUGCUUGUUGUCACUUAGCUUUAUUGCAUACAUUUUCAACCAUUUAUUCUACGGGAUUCAAAGGGUCUUAACAUCUGUACUCAGUGAUACGUCUUUUUAAGAUAUCCAAACAUGGCCUUCUUUCACUGUUUUCAAUCAUAGUACCUGUGACCACUGUUCUCCUUACUAAUGCAGCUUUCAUGUGAUUAGCAUGUCAUUUUAAUUUUCACAACCUUUGUCCUUAAUGUAUCACUUUUAUCACACACAUGGUAAUGUAAGAAGUCUAUAAUGAUACCAUUUAUCUGACUGAUAUUUUUGCAUUUAUAAAAGCUAAAAACUAAUUGAUCAACUACCA